CAACCCCCCUCCGCCCUCCGCUCACCACGCGCAAACACCGGCGAUGCGCUGACGCAAAGGACACAUUCGACCACUAUGUCCCCCGACAAGGGAUUUUCCGAGUUCCCUGACCUCGAGGCCAAGCUCCAGAAACCGACCAAGCAGUCAGCGUUCGAGCGACAGAAGGCCGAGGCCGAAGCGAAGCGCCUGCGCGAAGCUGCCGAGACCGCAGCUGUCUACAACGAGUUUGUCAAGAGCUUCGACGACGAAGACGAUGGCUACGGCGCCUCGAACCGCUCCGCGCCGCCACGGCCGCGUCCGGGCUUCAGCGGCCCGUCUCCGGGUCCCAGUGCUGGCAAGCGACACUUUGGCACGUCGGCGCUGAAGAGCGGCCCGGGGAGUCUGGGGCCGCCGCCGGCGUCGUCGUUUGGCAAGAAGCGCUCGUUCCAGGACUUUGCGCGGCCCCCGAGGGAGAAGGGAGGACUGAGCUUCGAAGACGGCGGCAACGGCCCGCUCUCUGUGCCGAAGGCUUUUCACUCAAGUGACGAUGAGGAUGGCGACCCGGCGAAUCGCGCCGAGGAGAAGGCCGUAGCAAAGCCAACGCUGCGCCUGUCAAAUAUGCCCCCCGGAACGUCGCCAGCAAUGAUCAAGGCGUUGAUCUCCGAAAACCUGACCGUCGAGAACGCCAAGAUUGUACCGCCGGUUGGACCAGGAAGCUCUGAGAGGAAGUGUACCAUUUCGAUUGUGACGCUGGCACAAGACACACCCGCCAACGACAUUGACGCGGCUGUUAAUGCCCUCCAAAACCGAUACCUAGGCUACGGAUAUUACCUCUCUCUCCAUCGACAUCUUUCUUCUGCAGUUUCCAGCUCAGCCGUGCUUCCUAACCUGGGCUCUUCCUCUUCCUCGUCGUCACACCCAUUUGGAGCCAAACCUGUGGAACAACCGUCGGCACAAAAAAACGCACCUGCUCAACAGGGCUUUCACCGAGGGUUUGCGCCUCCAACCUCGUACGCUCCUCCCGGGGCGGCCGUCAGCCGGACCAAUCUCCUGCAUGUACCCGUGAAGCCGCCACAGGACGUGCGAACUAUCCAGCUGAUCAGCAAGGUUAUUGAGGGCGUUCUGGAGCAAGGCCCGGAGUUUGAGGCACUGUUAAUGACAAGGCCUGAGGUGCAGCGAGAAGAAAAGUGGGCUUGGAUUUGGGAUGCACGAAGUCAAGGCGGUAUUUGGUAUCGAUGGAGGUUGUGGGAAGUUGUGACAGGUUCCCAGAUGGCGCAGAGGAAAGGCAAGUACGUGCCACUAUUCGAUGGUAGCCAUGCCUGGAAAGCCCCUGAAAAGAAUCUCAACUUCGAAUACACAACCAAACUUGAGGAGUUUGUUUCAGAUUCAGAUUAUAACUCAUCUGACGACGAGGAAUUCGAGGAAGAUGGAAAGCGGGAAAACCAGGACGGGGAAGCGGAGAAGACGUUCCUCAACCCGCUAGAGAAAGCCAAGCUCACACACCUUCUCGCGCGGUUACCGACGACACUAUCGAGACUGAGGAAGGGGGACAUUGGCCGAGUGACGGCCUUUGCCAUCACCCAUGCCAGCCGUGGAGUGGAUGAGGUGGUGGACACGAUUGUUUCCAAUGUUACAAAACCGUUUGCCUUGACGGGCGCGAACGCAGAAAAGAAAACCGAACCCAAGGAGACGCAACAAGGCACUGGGCAAGACGAAUCAACUGCGAGCGAAGGCACUGACAUCAGUGCUGCGAGCCUGGUGGGCCUGUACGUCGUGAACGACAUCCUGUCAUCCUCCGCAACGUCAGGCGUCCGGCACGCAUGGCGGUUUCGUCAACUUUUCGAAACGGCGCUCAAGGACCGCAACGUCUUUGAGACGCUAGGUUUAAUGGCAGAGAAACUGAAGUGGGGUCGCCUACGAGCAGAAAAGUGGAAGCGAAGCGUCAACCUAGUGCUUAACUUGUGGGAGGGAUGGUGCGUGUUUCCCAAUGAGAGCCAGGAGCUAUUUGUGCAAAGCUUUGAGCACCCGCCGUCGUCGAACGCUGGAGAGAAGGAAGACAAUGGAGAGAAGAAGGGGAAGUGGAAGCUUGUAGAGGCAUCGCAGACGGGCGAGGGACAUGAUGGGGAACGCAUGCUGCCCGUCUCGGUGGAGGAGGCUGACGUCCCCGGGGAGUUGAUCAACGACGAUGAUAUUGACGGGGAACCGCUUGAAGAGGAAGAUGUCGAGGGUGAGCCGAUCGACGAGGACGACAUCGAAGGCGAGCCCAUUGAGGAGGAUGACAUUGAUGGGGAACCGAUGGAUGAGGAUGAAGCUGUGGGGACAGAGCCACCUCAGCAGCCUCCAAAUCCCAAAGAAACCACAGGGCCAGGACCGGAGACUAUAGAAGAGCCAUCACGGGCCGGAGGACCGCCACCGCGGAAGAGGAUGCGUGCAGUAGAUAUGUUUGCGGACUCUGACGACUCGGAUAAGGCCCCAUAAGAGCAGACAUGGCGUUGGGGAGUAUUGUAGCAUAUUAGACGAGAUGAAUAUCACGAAGAUACCUCAGGGUGAAUAUUCCUCGAUGUCUUGUCCAACUAAGAACCGCUAGUUGAGUGGCUUGUUUAGUUGGGAUCUGCAAGAGAGAGAGAGAUGGUUGGGUGUAUGCAACGAUGUACGGAGGGCCCUUCCAAAAGUCUUAUCCAUAAGAAGUAAGUCCUAAUUAUUAGGUUAGAUAAUAAGUAUACUAAGUACU